UGCCGCCGCCGCCUCUACUGCUGCUCUUGCUGUGCGCCCAGCUGCUCCCCUGCGCCCAGCCCGGCGGGGCCCCGGACCGCCGUUUCGCCGAGUGGAAGCGGUGCGCCGACCCCGAGUGCAGCAUGCUAAUGUGUCGAGGGAAAGCAGUGAAGGAUUUUAAAGGCCCAGAUUGUCGUUUUGUAGAUUUUAAAGAAGGUGAAUCGGUGUACGUGUAUUAUAAAUUAACCGGGAGAACACAUGAGCUUUGGGCUGGAAGUAGAUGUUCACAGAGACGUUUAAAGGUUGGAAAUGAAUUUGGAUAUUUUCCAAAGGAUUUACUUGAGAUAAAUCACAUUUAUACCUAUGAAGAACUAGAAUUGCCAACAGAUGAAACAGACUUUGUUUGCUUUAAUGGAGGCAAGGAUGAUUUUGACAAUUAUAAUGCAGAAGAGCUUUUAAAAUUAUCAGAGGACAUGGUGGCUAGUGAUGCUGAAGCUCAGCUAGAAACUGAAAAGGAAGAGGAAACAGAAGGUGCUGAGCAUACAGAGUCAGUAGAACCAGAGACUGAUGGUUCUGAAGUGGGCUCAGAAGUCGACAGUGAAGACCAUGUGAAAAUGGGUCAAAAAGACAAUUUUAUUUUUGAAAAUAACGAGAAUGUAGAGGGAGCUCUUGAUUCCAAGAGCGAGAACCUCGCUGUAAAUAGUAACACAGACAAUCCUCAGGGAGACCAAAGUGCACAUCAGCCUUCAGAAGAAAUGCUGCAAGAAACAUUAAAAGUGCCAAAAUAUGAAAGUGCCAAAAACUCUAGUGUAUCUCAGGGCAAAGCUAAACAAUCAGAUAAUGGAGGUGAAGAUGAUGGCACUGACACACAUCUACGCCAACACGAAGUAUUGGAAGACUUGAAAACAACACUUGGCUCAACUGCAGAUGCCCUUGUGUCUGAUGAUGAGACAACUAGCCUUGUUACACCACUAGAUGAUGAUUUCAGCGAAGAUCUGGCCAUUGACUCUUAUGAUACAGAGAAGCUUGAAGAACCUAAGGAGCAGUCAGAAGAAAUCCCUUUGCUGUCUUUUACAGAAGAAACAAAAUCAUCAGAAGACCCAGAAGCUGAAGAGAUGCCAUCUGAUGGGGUUUUUGAAUCAGAAACUAGUGACUAUGAGGAUGGCACUGCGGAAGCUGCAGGAAGAUUUGUUCGUGAGAAAAAAGAUGACUCUAGUUUACUAACAAAUUUAGGCGAUAAAUUUUUUGCAAUUGUCAGUGGAGGUGAAAGAACAGUUGGUGAAACUGAUGGGGACAAGGUUGAUCUGGAGGAGGAGGAGGAGGAGGAAGAUGAUGAUGAUGAAGAUAACAAUGAAGUGGUCCUAAUCAGCAAGAAGGAAAAUACAGAUGUGUUAGCUCAUUCAGAAUCUUCAGCAGAAGAUGAUAGCAUCACACCAGAAAAUGAUCUGAUUACAAAGAAGAUACAUAAUGUAGAGUUUGGGGACCCUAAGGGGGGAAAAUAUGAAACUCAGGACUACAAAGAAGAGUUUGCAAAAGCUGAAGUUGAACCCACCAUAGAAGAACUGCAAAGCACUUCUACACAUGAUUUUGGUGCCUUUUCUAAUUAUGGAGGUGGUCGGCAACCUAAAGCAUCCAUGGGAGCUAAGGAAAAACAUUUAAAACCACCCCUGGGUGAUAUCAAAGAUGACCCAGAAGGCCUUUCUCUUCAUAAAAUAAUAAAAGACAAGGAAACAAGAGAUGGUAACAUUGAAGAUAGCUUAGAAAAUGAUACAAAACACAAAACUUUAUGGGAAAAAAUAGGCAAGAAAGAUGGAGAAGGUAAACAGCCAAUGAACAUUGUACCACACUUGGUGGAAGAACUAACAAAUGAAUCUCAACCUGAACUGGGCACUUCUGAUCUUUUGGAAGGCAAAACAAAGCAAGACGGAGAAGAUCUUGAACUUGGGAAGGUGCUCAGUAAUACGAAGCCGUCAAAUGACUCUGCUGUGGAAAGCAUUCCCACAGAGGAAGAUACUGAAGUGCCUAUUGUACAAUCUGAACAAGAAACUAUAGCCCAGGAUUUAAAAAAGGAGGAAGAAGAGAAGAAAUUGAUUAUAGAAAAAUCCACGCAAGUUACACAACAUAGAAACCUUACUCAGCAAAACACAGAAGAACUUAAGCCUGUGGAGUUAGAUGCCGAAGAAGUUGAUUUCCUUGAAAUACUAGAAGAGGAGUUACUACAGGAUGAAAAUGCAGCGAGCGCAAAACUGUCUAAAGAGAGACUUGCAGAUGAACAAAGUUUCACGUUAGAGGCUGAAAGUGGUAUCAUUCAGUUGCAAAUGCCAAAUGGUGCUAUUUCAAGAGCUGCUAAUCCUGUUGAUGCAAUAGGAGAAGAUGCAAUAACAACACUUGAGCAGGCCAAGAAAGAUGGCAUGGAAGACUGGAAUGAGGCACAGGAAGGAAUACAAAUAAAUAAAGAUUCUCAGCUGAGUGAGAGAAAGGAAAUCAAAGAGGAAAAACAGGAGGAAGUGGAGCCUCAAGUGAAAAAUUCUCUGCUUCAGGAAAAAACCCAGUAUAUACAUGAUAAAAUAAUGUCAAAUAAAAUAAAUACUUCUGAGUUAGAAAACGAGAAUGACUUUCAUGAAGAGUUACAGACCUCAACAGAGCACCAGCAUUCCAGCGAUGACUUUGGGCCUCAAGGUGUCUCAGAAAAAACAAAUGAAGCUGCAGAGCCAGAGUACAGUGAGUCUGUGAGGCAGCUCAAUAUAAUGAAAGAAUUUCUUGAUGAAAAACGCAUUGCACGUAUCCAAAAGUAUCUUGGACAGCAACAUAUUUUCAGGAUAGAAUCUUUGUUUCAUGACAUGGAGUUGGAGCUGAUGUUUGCUCAGAAACUCACUGAUAACCAUGCAGACACUGAAGAGGCAUUGGACCGGAUCCUUGAAUCUUCAGAGUCUAAUAUUCUGGAUGUUCUGAACAAAGUUUUAGAUUCCAGGGAGGUAGAAAAUAAAGAAGAAGUGAUCAAGGAAAUUGAUUUGUAUGAUGACGAAGCUGCCUUAAUGGAUGACAUCCAGGAACUAAUGUAUUCAUUAAGGCAAAAAUACUCUCCAGUUAGCGAGAGUGCUCCACUUGCCUCCCUUCGGGAAUCUGGGAUGGACUCGAGUGAAUCCAUUACAGCUAAUGCAAAGGAAACUGAGCAUGACAGACAUUCUACAGAAAGCCCCGUAGAGAACCCAGAUCAAGAGUUACCACGAGAUGUAGAACAGAUGUCAGCAGCAAAGGAAGAAAUUAUUCAUCCAGAUCAACCAAAAGAACAUAGGAAUAUUUUGGAAAAGACUAGAACUUCGGAUGAAACAGAAAUCAAGGGUGUCCUUGACAGUGACAAAAUAUUGCCAAUUGAGGAUACGACUCUUACAUCAAUUGAUUCAGGACUGGAGAGGGACGUCGUUCCAGGUAUAAUUAAUGCUAAGGAUGAUGCCAUAGAAGAGAGUAGUAAUCCACCAGAUGCAGACUCUACUGCUCCACAUAUUACAGCUGCCUUGGAUGGUGCUAUCUUAUCAGCAAAGGAAAAUAUGCGCCCCUUCACAGAGAUUUUGGUUUCAACACUGCCUGAAGACAUGCAGCCUGGUCCUGACUUCCAUGGUCUUCCUUGGGAGCCCAUUAUUAUUACUGCCUUUGUGGGAUUUGCUACACUUGCCAUUUUUUUGUGGAGAACUUGUCUAUCCGUAAAGAGUAGAAUGUAUCAAGUGACAGAAAAACAACUUGUAGAAAAGAUUAAAACUCUCUUAAAAGAAAAGACAGAAAUCUUAGAAAAGAUGUCGGAAUAUGAUCAAAAGAUAAAAGCAGCAAAAGAAGCUGUGAACGAGGCCCAGAAACAAAACACAAAUCUCUCAGAUGAGACCACAGGGCUUAAGGACACAAUCAGGGGGCUUAAAGAAACAAACAAUCUGUUAGACAAUCGAGUGAAAAAAUUGCACACCAUGCUAGAAACUGAGAAAGAGCACUACUCAGAGAAACAGAAACAACUCACAGAAGCGCAGAAGUCUUUGGAGAACUUCCAAGAAGUCAUCACAUUGCAUUCUAUAGAGCUCUCUGAGGUACAGAUAGCUCUUAAUGAAGCUAAACUAAGUGAAGAAAAAGUGAAGUCUGAAUUGAGUCGUAUUCAAGAAGAGAAUAUGAGACUUAAGAAGAGUAAGGAGCAACUGCUGCAACAAGCAGAAGGCUGGAGUGAGAGGCACAGUGAGCUCAGCGAACAGAUCAAGUUGUAUCAGAAAUCACAGAAUGAUAUGGAAGAAGCACUUGCCUAUAAAGAAAAUGAAAUUGAAGUUUUGACUAACUGCAUUAUGCAGCUGAAACAGCUUGAUGCAGAAUCUGAGUCAGAAGGCAAGAGGGAUGAUGGAAAUGAUCUGGCCAAUGGAGAGCUCUCAGAUACCAGGAAUGAAAAGAUGAAGAAUCAGAUUAAACAGAUGAUGGAUGUUUCAAGGGUAAAAACAACAUUAUCUAUCAUUGAAGAAGAAAGAGAUCACAUGCGGUCCAAACUUAAUGAUGAAGUAGCAGCAAGGCAUGAGUUGGAAGAGCAAAUCAAGAAGCUGGAACAUGAUUCUUGUUCCUUGCAGAGAGCAAAAUCUCAGCUAGAAAGUGAAUGUAAAACUCUACAACAGAAAGUGGAGAUUCUCAAUGAGCUUUAUCAGCAGAAGGAAAUGGCACUUCAGAAGAAGUUGACACAAGAAGAGUACGAGCGUCAAGAGAAGGAACAGAAGCUCUCUGCUGCAGAUGAAAAAGCAGUCCUGGCAGUUGAAGACGUGAAAAAAUACAAAAAGAGAAUUGAUGAAAUUGUUGAAGAACUGCAACAAACAGAGCGAUCGUACAAGAAUCAGAUUGACAUCCAUGAGAAGAAGGCCCAUGAGAAUUGGCUCAUAGCACGUUCUGCAGAAAGGGCAUUAGCUGAAGAAAAAAGGGAAAAUUCCAACUUAAGGCUCAAAUUAAUAGAGAUGGAUCAGAAAAUAGCUGCGCUUCAGAGACCACUAAUUGUGAAACCAACUGCAGGCCGACCAGACCAUCAAGCAGCCCCUCGCAGAGGUCCAUUAAGUCGAGAUGGAUCCUUUGGGCCCUCACCUGUGAGCGGGGGAGCUCCUUCCCCACCGCUGAUGAUGGAACCCCUUGGGCGGCCCCUUUCUGCCAAUCCGAGAGAAGGUUCAAGAGAGCUUGGCCCUGCUGUAGCAUCCCUAAUGACCUGUGGGCCAAGGACAUCAUCUCCUGCUGCAGUAGUGGAUGGAAUGCCAAGCCCUCCCAAAGAGCCUGAAGCCCCCUGUGUUUCUACUGCCCCACCUUCAUCUGUUGAAGCAACUGCAGUUAACAUGGGUCCUAAAGUCCCACCACCUUACCCAGGGCCCCCCGUAAUGGGACCGCCAGCAGCUGGACAUUUACCACCACCUCCAAUUCGCGUUGGACUUCCACCCCGGCUACCCUAUGGACCUCGGCCUCUUCCCUUAGUACGUGGAGCCCCUCCACCUCUUCCAAGAGACUAUCCACCUGCCCCUCCAUUUGGAAUGAGAGACUUUCCACAUGGUCCACUACCACCUCCUGAUCAGAGAGUAUAUCAGCGCGGACCUCCUCCUUUCCGGCCUCCAUACCCAAGAGAUUAUCCUUCAGGCCCUCCACGGCUACCUCCGCAAGGAUUAAGGGACUACCCCCCUGCUCCUGCCAGAGACUUGCCACCUUCAGGACCCAAUAACUACCAAGGAGGUCCUUCUGGUCCCCCAUCCCCAGCUAGCUCACGGGACUCUGCACAUCAUGCUGAAGAGAAACCAUGACUUUGGUUUUCUGGACUGAUCUCCAUCACGUUUCAUGUGGGGAAGAUUUCAGUGGCUUCAGAACCAACACUUCUUUCCUCCUCUGGACUUGGUUUCUAUGUAGCUUUUUUCCCCCCUCCUUUGCAGAAAUAAUUUCUCUAGCAACGCGCAUUCGAUCACCUUUAAAUGAGGACUUGUUCAUCCUCUUGGGAUGCACAUAUAAUUUUUCUGUGAUGAACCUGAAGCCUGCUUCUACAGCUGUGGCUGACCUGCAGCUCUCAACGUGCAAUAUAUGAAAGUACCUGUGCAGUUAGUUUUUAAUUAAUGUAGCCUAUGUGAUAAGUUGGUGAAUGAUUUCAAAAUGAUAAUUUGAACAUUUCCUGUGGAAAUACCUUUGGUAAGAAAUGCUACCCCUUCACAUAUAGCCUACAGUGACUGUAGACAAGUGGUUUACAUAAGGAUUCUAAUGCAGAUAUUUUUAAACUAUCUGGUAUGAAAGACCAGAAACAAACUACUCUGUACUGGAAGGACAAAUCUACUAAUAAAGUGAGCAAGAUCUUUCUCUUUUUUUGCUA